UCGUAAGUGGCGGUGUGUCGGAAACAGUUUUCUUUUUUUUCCAUUGGGCUACUGUCACUCAAAUGGAAGGUGGUUUUCUAGACCCCUGAUUGAGUCAUACUCGAAGGAGUGAGUCGUUUCAUUGUUGAAAAUGGAGGAAUUAAACGACCUGAUUUGUGCGGGAUAAUCCGGGCCGACAAAAGUGAAUAGCCUGAAGGAAUUUGUGUAGCGUAAAAGUACAGCUAUGGUGAGAGUGAGAAUAGCGAUGACUUGCAGGAUGGGGAAGUGGGUGCGGUAAGUGGGAGAGAAAGAUUCCUGUCAAGGAUUUUGAUUUCCAAAUUUGUCUGCACGUCCCUUGUGUGGUUAGGGAUUGAAAGUUUCCACUUUCCUACAACUCGGUCACAUGAAAAACACGAACCUGAAAGGAUAAAGCGUCGAUUCUUCGUACGUCUUGUAGUGACUCCGUCUGUAGGAAGAACGGCGGAGAAUCAACCCUCUGAGGGAUCGGGACGGCGAAUCUCGAGGGAAAAAAAAGUGAUUAAUAUAGCGGAGUGAUGGAAAAUUGAUGUAUUUAGCGCCGACGAAGGUGCGACAGGAAGUGUUGUGUGUAUCGCGUGAGGCUCAAACGGCGGCACCGCAUGCUAGCAGGAAAAGCCUUUGAUGGUGUGAGCAGCAAAGGGGAGAGCAAGUUAUCGCAAAAUAUAUAUCAAACCAAGUGUAAAUAUUGUGCAGACACCCGCGUCGUGCGACAGUGAUUUCCUACCCCCUCGAUGCCCACAAUGAUGUAAACAUACAUUCUUCGAUUACUGAUAAUCCAUCAUCGCGCACAUCGUAGUAGUCAUCUUCGGCAGGUGGUUUCCACCUUCGAUAAGUGAGGCUGGGUAGGCUGUGAGUGUGCCAUUAGGUGGAAAAUUCGAUCCCUAUACUGGUCAAAGUAAAUAUCGAUACUGGUUCCGAGUAUUAAAGUGAAAGUGUCCCCCUUGCGGGGCAUGUGUUUGUGUGUGCGUCAUUAUGGUGUUUUAUGUCGAUGUGAAAAAGUUGCUCUUUCUGCGAAAUGUGCAAAUGAAAAGAUAACAAGCUUUGAGCCGUAAUUUCAUGGGAUACGCAGCAGGGUGCAAGCGAGCUAGCAGAACUAGAAAGGAUAUAAGGAAGCUUCCCUCGCUCUCUUUCACUCGUACGCUCGCUGGAGUUCGUCUGCUGAAGGUCGGGUGCUGAAGGGUAUUUGCAUCAUAUUGCGGUGAACGUUUAAGAACAAACGGGCGGCUAAGCAGCCCUAAGGAGAGCUCCGGGCAGUGAGAAAUAGUUGAACCGCAUCUCCCGUCAUUCAGUGAUCCGGAAUACCGCAUUCAAUUGACGAACAAAACCACAACACAACACUCAACUCUCAAGUCAGUGGUUGGACGACGACGACGACGACGACAGUCGUUUUGUCGAUUCUAAACACAACCUAAUUGAUGGAUAAUUCAAGUAACACACUCACAUUCGGCUCACUCUCAGUUGCAGCAGCGGAGCCCGGACGGACGACGAGCACGGGCAUCUUUGAUUUUCGGAGCAGCAAUGGAGGAAGAUUGAGUGAUCCGUAUAAUUUUUCCCUCCGAGGAAAUUCAUUCUUGCAGUAGGUUGAAAAGUUUAGUGCGUGUGUGUUUCGGGAAAUUGUCACACGAGUGUUUGGCGUUGCGAGUGACACGUGCCCAGUCGGGGGAGGAAAAUGAAGAUUUAUGAUCGGUUAACGCGUGACGGAAAGUUGUCGUUAUGCUGCUCGAUGGCAGCGUUUGGUUGGAUUGAGGCGAUAAAUUAGCGAAAGUUGGAGGAGCAGUGGGAAGGGAAGCGUAAAGUGCUUCGAAGAUCACGUGAAUUAUUAGAGGAGUGUUGCCUGCAAUUAGCCGACGAGAAGCAUUGGAUUAGUGUCAGUGGCAGAUAGGCAGACGAACGGAGAAGAGGAAGAAGUGUGUGGGUUGUGAUUGGGUCGUAAAUCCAGCCUCCAGUGAGGAAGAAAGAAAAAUAAAUACGAAGGGAUGGCUUGAGCAGGAAAAGGCAUAACUAUAAUUCCUGGUGUCAGAAGUUUAUAAAUAAUCGUGCCGGGAGUUGGCGAGCUACUCAGUGAUUAAGUCGCCGGUCAGUGGUUUAGCAGAAGUUGGAGAAAAGCAGCUGAGCGCCGGUAUUAUCUGAGUGCAGGGAAACAGCAGAGAGCAGAAUGGGCUGCGGGCAGAGCAAGAUUCAUCUCUACCCGAGGAAAAACAAGAGCAAAUCCAACGGCAAGAAAAGUGGACACAUAGAAGACGCCGACGCGGACGAGGAAGAUGGACACAACGGGCGAGACGAGCGGGACCGCGAAAUCAACGGCGAAAAGGAGAAACUGGACGAAGACGGAUCCCUCCGGGACGACGGUUCACCGGAGCCCCCCAACGGCGAGAUUGUAUCGAUACUGCGAAAGAACGGCUCGCUACUUCAAAGCCAGUAUGUUUCCCCACUCCCGGAAAUUUCCUCCAGUCAGCAGAACUUUUUCCGAAUGUUGGAUCAAAAAAUCGAAGAGGGGCCUGAUUACGAUUCGAGCAGCGAAACUGAACAGGCGUUGGAGGAAGCCCGGAUGAACGCCCUGGUGCAGCACUGGGAAUCGGCCAGCCUAACGACAUCAAUGUGUUCUUCCACCAGUCGAUCACUUCAGGGAUCUCCGGUGCGACAGGUACCACUAAGACAGCCUCCACUGAGGCCAGCUUUCCAGCAGCCGCUCAGUGCAGAGUUACUCUCCCAGCAGCAGCUGCUCAAACAGCAACAUCAGCUGAUCCUGCAACAUCACCAACAACAGCAACAGCAGCAGCAGCACCAACAACAACAACAACUCCAACAACAACAGCAUCAACAGAUGCAGCUGCUGCCGCAACAACAACAGCAACAGCAACAACAAAUCAUACACCAAAACUUCAACAUCAACAUGAACAUAAACAGCCCCAAGCGGGUGGUCGGAAGCGGGAACGCCGUCAGCGUGGGUGGUAUUCCGGUCAGUCUGGAUGGUCGGCAGCUUCUGUCGCAAACCAUCAUCCACCAGAACUACGGGGUGAUACAGCCUACCCAAACGACAACACAGCUACGUCCCAGUUCCGGGCGAACCCUUCCAACGCCGGUGCAGUGUUUGCAGCUGUCGUACUACCAACAGCAGCAGCAACAACAGCUGCAAGCUCACCAACAGCAGCUCCAGCAGGCCCAGAUUAUGGGCGGUGCGUCGACGAUGGGACCAAUGCAACCAUUCCAACAGCAAUCGAUACCACCACAUCCGUACUACAAUGAUAUUCUGAGGCAUCCCUUACAGCUCUCCUCCAGCCAACUGCAAUCGCAACAACAACAGCAGCAGCAGCAGCAGCAACAGCAAUCCUCCUCUAGCAUAUCGUCCGUCUCAUCCUCCCUCUCGACAGCCGGAGGUGGUCCUUCGUCCUCCCUCUCAUCGGUCGUAGCGGUCGGUGGCAGCGGGAAUCUGCUAUCCUCCAGCCCCUCGCUCCAACAACAGCAAACCCCACCCUCGGACGCACCCCGUUUCCCACCAGCAAUAUCGGUUCAACGUCUAGCACCGCAAGUUCAACGCCAAAUCCGUGAAACGCAGGAACUGAUCAAGGACUCCUGCUCGCAGCUGUACUCCACCGGCUACGGCAGUCCGGGCCCGCCCCCGAUGGCCCCGCUCCGGACGAACACAGCGGCAGCGGCCAACGCCGUGGCGGCGGCCCGGGCGGCAGCUGCUGCCGCGGCCGCUUCCGGUGGCACCCGGCGACCACCCACGACGCUGGAGACGCAGUAUUCGCAGGAACUUUCGUGAUAUCUAGAACAGUAGUGAAAAUUGUAUUUGUAAUUUAACACGUUUUUUAACCCGGAAGGAUGCGAUUUCGUUUGUUAACGUUUUCCGAGUCAAAAUAUUCCCGGAUUUAGGUUUUAGCAAGCCUUGUAGAAUAUGUAUUUUUAUUCGCACGCGCACUGCAGCAGAUAUUAUAGUAGAUGGAACAUUCGGUUUUUGUUCUGUAUUCGUAGGAGAUUAGGAAAAUGAAUGAACAAAUUAAAGUCAAGGAAGGAGAGACAGCAGCGUGUGUGUGGUUUAGUUUGUAAGGAUUCUGAUUCGAUGUUCGAUCACUUCGAUUCGUUGAUUGUGUUUCAGUGGUUUUAUGUAUGUCGGUCGAUGAGAUUCAAGUUUUAAAAAGCACUUUUCAAUUCCUACCCAAAAAAAAACAUUCGUAACUUUCAGUCUAUUUUCAAACGGUUCAAACAGAUGCUGGUUUCCGGAAGGGUCAAUCCAUCCAAGCCAUAAUAAGAUUCCCAUAUGUUAUCGUUCAUUGUACGCCAUCCCGUGUCGAAACGUUCGAUUUAUAUUUUGUGUCACCGACCAACACCAGCCAAUCAUGAAACUACCGGAGCGGAAAAUCCGGCAUCUGGAAGUUUGUCCCUGCCGGUGUAGUGUAAUGUAGGUAAAUCCUGAAACGGUGUGGUAAAGUAAUUAAUUUUAACUCGAUGUGUAUCCGAAUCCGGUGUUUGUAUCGUUAGGAGUACAAUCACUUUUUGUAUAAAGGUACGCAUAUGUCCCAUGUGGGUACCUUCGAUAUACGUACCUAGAUACAGAUCUGGGCGAAGCGAGCAUUACCAAACGGUGGAAAUAUUUAUGAACUUUCCGAAUCUAAUCAAUCUCGUACCUCGUCACGAGUACCUGCGGCCAUUAGUUUAAGCUAAUUUGAUUUAGCAGAAGAGUGGAGAUAUUAAGUAGGUCAGCAAUCACACCGCUGGCCGCGCUGCUGGGGUAAUUGGCUCUGCCGUGAUCUAAUUUAUUGAAGUGAAUGGAUGUAACAUUUUUCUAAUGGACAGUCAAUCUCUAAAAUUUCGUGUAACAUAGUAAUAGUAUUCAGCAGAGAUGUCAAAUUUGAAAACAUAUAAUU